UGUUUUAAUCCUCUAGGUUCCACAAAGGACUGAAAUAUCUGAUGAGAGAUGAGAACCAGAAGGGCCAGAGCUCCAGUGAAGGGAGUGAGGACAGAGUGGGUGCAGGCUGUGGGGAUGCCCCAGAGUCUGAGAGAGGCCCACAGAGCCAGAGCAGACCCUGCAGGGACCUUAGUAGUGUGGGAAAGAGGGCUGGCUCCAGGGAGAGGGUCUCUGCAGGGUCUGCUCUGCUGACCUCUCCUAGGCUCUGGGACCCCACCACCUCCAGCCACUGUGUCCUCACUCCCACCAUUGAAUCCUGUCCCUCUUGGUCUGCUAGAGGGUCAAGACCACAACGGGGACCCAUUGGAGCCCACUGGAGUCCGGAAGCUCUGACUAACGUCCCCCUCACUCCCCUGCCCGGCCAGCCACAGGACUGGUCUCCUUCCAAACCUAGGCCCUUAUAUGUCCUUGGACCACCAAUAUUUGAUACAAAAUCUUCUCACCCUUACCUUCACAAUAUGACAACAGAUUAAUGUUCUAUACAAUUAAUGAAUUCCUUAAAUUAGUCAUCACCAGGGCUAGGUGGUGGCACACCUGGUUGUGUGCACGUGCAACAGUGAUCAAGGACCCAGGUUCAAGUCCCCCGUUUCCCACCUGUGGGAGGGGAGGGGAAGGGGAGAGCUUCCUAUAGAGUGAAGCAGGGCUGCAGGUGUGUCUCUGUCUCUCUCCCUCUCUAUCUCCACCUUCCCUUUGGACUUCUGUCCAUCUGUACCCAAUAAAAAAAUACAUGACAAAAAUUAGUUAUGGCCAACAGUGAUGGCUGGUUAUAAGGUACACGCUACAUUGAUAAGAGUCUAAGUAGAGAUAACUAGUGUUCUGAGGGGGGACAUAUUGGCUACCACAUUGAACUCAGUAAAAAAGGCCUUUGUGAGAUCAUUGUCCCAUCUGGACUCUGGAGGAGAGUCCUUUAUGAGGUCACGGACCCUCCCCCUCUCCUCCUGGCCAGAACACCUUAGAUGGAGACAUGUCAAUCUGAAAAGACACAGGAGGAACUAGCAUGCCUCGCUUUGCAAACCCUCUUCUGAGAAUACUCAUUAGGGGAAGCUCACAUGACAGCAUGAAGAGGAAGCAGUGCCUCCAGUACUUGAAGACCCUUCGCAAGUUGCAGUAUGAGGGUUUUAAGACGGUGUAUUUCGGGGAAACGGACAUCCCAGAAAGUCUGGUCACUGGGGAAGAUUUCAGUGAUGGCUACUUCAUGCAGACGCCCACCUGGUGUGUGGUGCACGCCGGGGGCAGCCAAGGCUGGGUGCCUUGGAAAUACCGGAUGUUUCUGAGGGACGAGUUGUACGCCAGGCAAGAAGACAACCUCUUCUUUGAAUUCUGUGGCAUGACAAAGAAGGCCUACGGGAAGUGCAUCAUCGUGGUCAAAGGGAAAAUGCAGCAGGAGGAGGAGGAAGAGGAGGAGAAGCUCAAGGAUGGCAGAGAAGCCCAGGGUCAAGCUCAGGGCACGUCCGCCAUUAACUUGACGGGCAUCGUGUGUCGUCCUGAGGUGGCCAGGUCCUAUGGCCAUGAGCUGCUGUCUCUACCCUUCUCGUACAAUUAUCUGAGUCCUCUGGACUCUGCCUGGUCAUCUCUGAAAUGGUUUAUCAUCAAUAACAGGAAAGAGUUUUGUCUCCAGUCCUUUGACAACAUCUACUCUUACCAGUUCAUCCUCUUCAGCGAUUUGAUCACCAAAGGGAUCGAGAGGAUCAAUCCCAGCAAAUGGAAAACAUUGACCAACAAGGUGCGGAAGUGGGAGAACUACUAUCUCAGUAAAUUCCCCUAGAGGCAGUGUUGUGUCCUGUGGUCCCGUGGGGCGGGGAUUUCACCAAGUGCUGGGACUUGAACG